AUGGAUUUCUUCAACAUGGAGAACGAUGAUAACCAUCAAGCAAAUGAUCUGAGUCCAGACAACAACAAGGAUUAUAUGAACUUUUUCGACUCAAAGUCGAACCAUGAUGAUGAUUCAGCAAGCUUAUCUCCGCAAGCCAUUCUGGCGAGAAAUUCUGUCUCAGAGAUGUCGAAUGGUCCAAAUAACAUGACAAGUGGUAUCUCUAUGUCACCACAACAGAUGUUUACUCCUAUGGCUGGCAGUAACAAUAUGGGUAAUGUUGCUGGCAACAAUAAUAGUAAUAAUAGUCCCUCCGUGGGAGCUGCCACUCCCCAGCAGAUUCUGAUGUUUAAUAAUAGUUCACAACAUAAUCCCUCGAAUCAGGCGUCUCCAGUUAUACAGAAUACGGAUAUGAACACACUCAGUCAUGCAUCGGAGAAUACUGGUCAUACAUUCGCUGACAGAGCGGCGAUGUUUGCAUCUUUGCAACAACAACAUCAACAACAACAACAUCAGCAACAACAACAUCAACAACAUCAACAACAACAUCAACAACAACAGCAGCACCAGCAACAACAGCAACAACAGCAACAACAGCAACAGCAUCAGCGUCAGCAGCAGAUACUCCUACAACAACGGCAACAGCAGCAGCAUACUCAACUAGGUCUACAACAGCCUCAACAACAGCAACAGGCCCAACAACAGCAACAACAGCUUCAGCAACAACAGCUUCAGCAACAACAGCUUCAGCAACAACAGCUUCAACAACAUCAACAUCAACAACAGCAGCAGCAACAGCAACAGCAACAGCCCUUCAGCUAUCGCGGCGGAUCAAUUUUACAAAGUCUCAGUCCCGAGUAUCAGAAGAAGAUCUCCAUUGAGUUAAACAAUAAACAAUACGAGCUGUUCAUGAAAUCACUGAUUGAGAAUUGUAAGAGGCGAAACAUGCCUUUACAAUCGAUUCCGGAAAUAAAUGGUAAGAAGGUGAAUUUAUUCAUUUUGUUUAUGCUAGUACAAAGAUUGGGCGGUGGAGAACAAGUGUCAAGGAAUCAACAGUGGGAUCUACUGUCUCAAAAAUUGCAAAUCCAGGCUUCUCAACAACUUGCAGCUGUCUACUAUAAAGUGGUUUUGCCAUAUGAGAAGUACCUAGCUUCUCCCGAAGGUCUUAAGGAAUCUCAAGCGAAAAAGAUAUUUUUCCAACAGUUCUUUCAAGAGCUCAUUAGAAAAAUUCAAGCAAAUCCAAAGGCCGAUAACAAUGCAUCCGUAUCAAGUCAAGCCUCGACACCAAAUUCAGUUGCGACCCCUACGUAUGGCAACACGCUACAACAGCAGACCGGUCCUCAAGGUCAACAGCAGACCGGUCCUCAAGGUCAACAGCAAAGGGCUAAUAUGGUAGCCAAGCCAAAAAAGCCAAGAAAGCCUCGACAGAAAAAGAAAACUAAGAAAGAGCUAGAGUUAGAAAGGAAACAGCAAGAGGAUUUUCUAAGAAAACAACAACAUGCUCUAUUAGAACAACAGCAGAGGCAAAAACUACUCAUGGAACAACAAUUGCAGAGACAAAAGGAGAUGAUAAAGCAACAAUAUGAAGAGGAAUUGGCUAAACUACCUAAAGUCUACAAGAAGGUCUCAGCGAGAAAUUAUAAGUCUGUUGAGAGGCCUAUCCAAUUGACAAAUGGCUAUGAUAUAAAUUACUUAUCCCAGAUUGGCGAAAAAAUUGAUGCGAACAAACCAAUCUUUCUGUUUCCUCCCGAACUUGGAGUGAUUAACCUGCAUGCCCUAACUAUGUCUCUUCAGUCAAAUGAUUUGAGUGAAAUAAAUACAGCUCUCAACACAUUACUAGUUACGAGUGCGGAUUCGAUGCUAAAGGUUCCUUUAGAGAAAUACCCUGAUUUAUUGGACGCCAUUUGCAUACUUGGAAUAAAUCUUUUGACAGAUUUGAUGACACUGAAGCCUAUCGAAAGUCAUUUGUUUAAUUUGAAUGAACCUUCUCCCUUCAGCAAAUCUGAUACCACACAUUUUAAUGGGCGUCCUGAUAGUAAUAUGGAAAAUCAAGGGGACAAGAGAUACUUAAGAUCACAAUACUGUGAUGAAUACGAUGUCGAGACCUAUUUAUCUAACUCCGAAGUAUCCUACUCCAUUACUGAUCAGCGUAUGAGCAAAAUAUUGGACAGUUAUGUCAGAGGUUUGGCUGCGGGUAGUGACCAGGCAGAUAUGAAUUAUUCAAUCACAGUAGAUUCUUUGACUGGGGAAGAUCUCCAGCAGUCAACCACAUCAUUGAUUACUCCUGCUCAAUCCCCUGAAAGGGAAGAACCAGUUGUAGAUGGCGAAAAUUAUGUGAGCCGGAAUACUCAUAGCUGGGAAAUCCUGCCUCAACCCAUCAGCUCUUUGCCAGGUCAAUCUCUCGAAAAUUUAUACGUGCCGUCCUACUUGGAGUCUCUCAAAGACGUCAAUCGGGAGAUCAACACGCCUUUUACUAAGGUUAACACAAGGGGCGCAGAAGAUGAAAACGUCUUAAUUACAGAUCAACUUUCUACCAUUUCGAUGAUCCUCAGAAAUAUCUCCUUCUCAGAGAAAAACUCUAAGCUAAUGGCGAGAAACGCAUUUCUUAAGAGAUUCUUUUCUGCUUUGCUAUGGGCCAUCUUCUUGAACCAUCAAAAGCUGGCAUUUAAGCGCAAGGCGCUAAACUACAAGAAAGAUACUUUGGUUACUAUGACGAAUAUCUCUCAUGCUUAUGAGACCGAUAACUGCUUAGACUGUUUCCUGUUUUUAAUGCUAAUGCUCAGCUUUGGAGAGACAAGAAAGCCUUCAUCGUCACCUGGAUCAAGCGUUCUGACGUACACUGAGAUUCCUCUCAACGUGGGACACUACAGUGGAUUUAGUGUUGACAUUUUUGCAAAAUUGUUGUCGCUUAAUCAUCCAAAAAGACGAUUCUUCAAAGAUGUCCUGUUGCUUUCUUCGGCCAAUAAGAAGAAUAACGGGCAGCCUGAAAACAAUGAGGUUAUCUCUCGCCUCAUUGAGAUUUAUUGUGGAGAGAAUAAGUUGAGGCUAUUCAACGACACUGUCUCAUUCUUGCUCUCAGUGAUUCCAUUCACACAAAUCAAAGCCGCACCAACGUUGGUUGAGGAGGUAGCUCCGGUCAUCUCUCAGAGUUUGACCUGUCUUCUAACAUUGGUCACAUAUUUGGAUGGAAACAAUAAUUCUUUUCACGACGCAGCCUUCAAACGUCUGCCUUACAACUGGUUGACGUCGGAAGAGAACAUUGGAUCUAGUUUGAGAAUGCUAAGUGAUGUUCUUUUGAAUGUUAGCAUACACACAGACAAAAAUCUCCUGCAUUUGAAAAGAUUAUUUACAUCUAUUAGCUCAAAGGCGAUUGAGCUGACAAGACUUCUCAUUGAAAAAAGUUUGGAUUUAGCUCCAAAUUCCGAAGCUGAAAGGAUUGUGAUUUGUGAAAGUUUAGCUUCCAUCCCUGGUUUGUUACCAUCCGAAUCCCAAGUUUUCCCUAUACUAACGAGUCCUGCUACAGACCCUGAAGUUUCGAAGCAAUCAAAGUUAUUACUUCUGGCAAGAAAUCGGGUUUUCUACCAAAUGGUUGAGAAAUCCGAGACUGUCAGUUAA